ACCAUCUUUUGGACAUGACUGUGUAGUGUAAAGUGUGACAUCUCUGUGUAAAAUAAUUGGAAAACUGAAAUAAAAUUCCCAUCCCUGCUUUGUGCUUCUCCUGCAAUGCGACGCACUCCUCCCUCCCUCCAUUUCCUCUCCGCCACUGACACCGCUACCGCCACUGCCGCAAAUACAGCAGCAGCCACCGCCGCCUCGAUGUCUUCACUCCCAUCCCAUCGAGGGCGCGGUAGGGGCUUCUCUAGCCGACCGUACUCCGGCGGCAGAGGUCACUUCGUCUCCGGCGAUGCGCACUUAAGGUCUGUCCGCGACGUCAAUUUAGGUCUCCGGCGAGGUGAGAGUGGAAGCUUCGCGAACCAAACGGUGCAUAAUCAGAAUCCCCCGUAUAAUCCGAGGCCUCAUCCGCCGCCGCUUCACCAUGAGCGGCCUCAGUUCCAUAAUCGACCGUAUUCCCCGCCCUUUCCGCCACAUUUCCCGCAGUACCGGCUACAUCCUCCACCUGAGCACCGGCCGACGUUUCGUCCGCAGACGCAUCUCCGGCAGCGGCCCCCGGAUUAUCGGGACUGGGAGCCUUCCCUGACGCCGCCUCCUCCUCAUUGUGAGCGGUUUAAAGUUCUUUCCUAUAAUAUAUUGGCUGACUACCUUGCUUUGGACCACCGGAACAAACUUUAUUUUCACAUACCUCCAUACAUCUUGGACUGGCAGUGGAGAAAGAGAAGCAUACUUUUUGAGUUGGGGCUGUGGUCAGCUGAUAUCUUGUGUUUACAGAACUAUUCCCUUUUUAUUUUUUGUUAUAACAUCCAGGAGGUUGAUCGAUUUCAUGAGUUGGCUGAGGAGUUGCAGCCUAAGGGAUACAGUGGCAUCUGGAAGAUGCGUACAGGUAAUCCAGUUGAUGGCUGUGCAAUAUUUUGGAAAAAAUCAAGGUUCAAUUUGUUAUAUGAAGAAUUCAUUGAGUUUAAUAAGCUGGGACUCAGGGACAAUGUCGCUCAGCUAUGUGUACUGGAGAUCAUUUAUCGAAAUGGAUCUUUCCCAUCCAGCUUGACAGGCUCUAGUAAAGUUGUGGUUUGUAACAUUCAUGUGCUUUACAAUCCUAACAGGGGAGAAAUUAAGCUUGGCCAGGUUCGCGUGCUACUUGAUAAGGCUAAAGCUGUUUCUAAACUCUGGAAUGAUGCCCCUAUAGUUAUCUGUGGGGAUUUUAAUUGUACACCCAAGAGUCCGUUAUACGACUUUAUAUCGGAACAGAAGUUAGAUCUAUCCGGAAUAGAUAGGAAUAAGGUAUCAGGACAAGCUUCUGCAAUUCCUGCAUCAAAGCCCUAUUAUGGUCCUAAUUCUGGUGAAAUAUCUGCUACUGGUUCAGUUCAGGCUAUAUCCACUGAAGGUGUCAAGGAAGUUACUGAACAAAAUAAUUAUCGAUUGGACACGACAGACCUGGACACUUUAGAUAAUCAGUAUACUCACUCAGAUUUGGAUAUGUCUGUUAAGUCUUGUGCACAUGUUGAGUGUGGAAAGGAAAAUGAUUCAUAUCCUGGAAAAGAUACUCAGGAAACUGCUGUUGACCAUUUGAAGAUCUUUCGCGAAGUUGGUAGCAUAGAAGAACAAGAUGCUUCAUAUAGUAAUGGUGGGCUCCAUAAUGUUCCUGUAAAUGGUGAUGGUCAUGACAUUACACCUGUGACCUCUUCAGCUCCUGAAGCUGUUAACAGUGAAAAAUCUGGGUUGGGAAGCAAUGAACAUAUACCAGAUGCUGUCCCAACUUCAAAUGAAGAAUUAAGCAAAAAAUCCAACUUACAUGUCCCUGAAGAGAAUAAACUGGUGGAGUUUGACUGUUCCCCAACUUCUCUUCAGGAAUGUCAUCAAUCUUUCACAAGGGUGAGGAUUGAUAUUGAGUCAAAAGAUCUUGACAAUGCAGUAAUUUCUCCAACCAAACGAUCCAGCCAAACUUCAGCUUCCAAUACAUUGGAAGUCCCUAGUACAGAGUCUGGUGAUAGCCCAUCUCAUGAGGAAAUUGCUGAUGACCAAAAUAACAGCUCAUCAACUGCAUAUCUAGGUGAUAAAUCACAUCAAAACUUUCCACUUGAUGAAAAAGAGAAAACAAUCUUUGAUGAGAUAGAUAAAACCAUUGGUGAAAAUAUUGGUGAUGACAGCAGUUUUGUAUCUUCCUUACAUAAUGCUGAAGGAGUUGCUCUUGACAUCAGUUCAUCAAUGAAAUCAGAUCUUGAUAAGUCCUAUCAGUACACGAAAUUAAAUUCUGCUUCCAAUUUGUUGCCUGUAGAAGCCAAUGAAGGGGAGGAUAAGUUGUCUCCUCGUCAGAUUUCUAAAUCUAUUUGGCAAGGGGAGGCUACUUAUAAUCCUGCAUUGUGGACCCCUAAGGAGAUAGAAACUGCAACAGGAAAUGAAGAAUGCACCUUCUUGGAGCACUCUUUACAGCUUAGGAGCACAUACACCGAGGCAAUGGAUUGUUCAGGGACCAGAGACCCCUACGGAGAACCCCUUGUGACAAGUUAUCAUAGGCGCUUCUCAGGAACUGUUGAUUACAUUUGGCGAUCUGAAGGUCUUCAAACAACUAGAGUUCUUGCUCCGAUGGCUAAACAUGCCAUGGAAUGGACUCCAGGAUUCCCAACCAAGCCAUUGAAGGAACCUCCAAAUCAUUCAUAGGUGCAGCAACACCACCUCUGGCAUCUUCAUCUCUCCAAAUUCAACUAAGAUGUCUUCAUCUGAAGCAUCAAAAUUGAAUUUACUUCAUUCUAUUCCAUAGUUCAUUCAUCGUCAAAAGCAAGAUCAUCAAUGUCAUAGUCAUUUGUUUUCGUAAUAUCCCUGUUGUUCAUCUUGAAUUAGCCAUCACAAGCACCGCAUCAAUCAUGGUCUUUUGCUGUAAACGAUUCUUCUUGGUGUGGACCUAAAUAAUUGUAAAAUUAAUGAACACAUCAUACUAGCCUACUAGGUGGUACAGGUAAAUAACUAUAAAAUCAAUCUCAUAAAUUUAAAUUCUUACUGGAAGAAAAGAGUGAAGAAAAAAAAAGAAGAAAGAAGAAGAAAAAUAAAACAAAAGACAAAAAACAGGAGAGAAGAAACAUAAAAUAAAAGAAGAGAAGAAUGAGCGGUGGUUGUUGGUGUAUAUAUUGUAGUCAACUAUAGUCAACUUGUAUAAAUAGUCAGACUUGUACAACUGUAGGUUUCUUUCAUUGUAUAUGUUAUUUUUUCAUCGUACAACUGUCACCAUGAAGCAAUCCAUGCCUAUAAAUAUCUCUUGUACGUAACAUUCAAGUGGGAAAUCAGAUAAUAAAAAAUAUUCUGUUGUUUA